AUGUGCAAUAUGUCAGUGAGUGAUUACAUUAUUACAAUCCCAAAGCCUGCUCUUCUAGUGCCUCCUGGGCCUGCUGAUCUGUGCCAGUGUUGGUGUUCUCGGUGUGUGUGGGCUGGGUUGCCUGCUGUCACAUUGUUUUAUCUCCCCCCAUUGACUGGGGAAUUCUUACCUGGGAUCUGUCAGAGUGUGGAUCCAUCAUCCUCCACUCACUGCAACUGUCACCCUGCCACUGCCAGCCACAGAUACAGUCCAUCCGUGACACUGAUUUUGUCUUUAAUAAUGGUGCUGGUGACAUCUUGUGGC